AAUCAGUGGUCAUGAAGAAUGUGUGUAAAAUGGAUUGUAUAGUAGAUUUGAUAUCGAAACUGAAAAAUUUACCAGAAUUUAUGACUUUAUGUUUACGUGAUCGUCUAUGUAGUCCUUAUGAUGAAAAUGAUGUAUUAGAACUAUAUUAUUUGAAAAUACUUUGUCCAGUGAAAUGUGAUCAGCUUGACAAAUGUUCAAAUCUCAGUUGUAUUCGCCUCCAUGGACCAGAUUGUAGUCCUUGUGAAGUGGGUGCUGAUUGCGAAAACGGUCACUGCUCUAAUAUUGAUCCACCCGAGCGUAUCGUCAGUCUUCGAAAGAAAGCGACAACCUCCUCCGUUGUCAUAACCUCAGCCGGUAGCGGUAAUAACAAGAAGAAAGAGGCAAAAAAGCAGUAUUUAAAACCUCUUGAACAAAGAAUAAUCGAUCACGAGAAAGCUCCAUCGUCUAUCCUCGCUUGUCGAUCUGAAUUUUGUCAACGCCUCGAACGCGAACGUGUUCUGGUUGUAACAGCCGAGACGGGCAGCGGUAAGAGCACUCAGUUACCUUAG